GCAUUGUGACUGGCUUCUGAGGCUGUCUGUCAGUGAGCUCAGCGGCUGACGAUGCAGGGAGAGCAGAUUAUGAAGGGGAGCUCACCAGCAGCAGUCUCCUCUCAUUGUCUCAAUGGCUGCACACGCAUUCCUCUUCUCUGCCUUGCUGUCUGCCCUCAGCCAGCCCACCCUGUCCUUAGAUCAAGUGCCUGCACUCCUGGAGAGAAGCACAGAAGAGGACUAUGUUACAGAGGUUCCAUACCCAGCUGGGAGAAUCAGAGUGGGUGGUCUUGAUGGAAUGAGCUUGGAGACUCAGGGUUAUGUGCCCACUAAAGAAACCCCACUCAGAAGAUUACUGAAGCUGCAUGGCUGGCACCUCCUCAACCAGCAUGGCCAUGGCAAGGGCAAGAGAAAGCUGCUCCAGUCCCCCAUCCACGGGCCCUACUCUCCCCUGAGCGUGGCCUACAAUGGCAAAACCUGCAUCCUUUUCAAGGCCAAGCGCCUGGCCAUCCGCUACCAGAACCACACAUUCGUAGACCUGACGGAGAGGACCUUUGGACCCAACGCCCUUGUGGACACCAAGGGUUCCAUCUGCACCAAGGAGAAGGCUACGCUCUCGCUAAAGUUUGGAGAUGUGGAGGAUCUCAGGGGACUUGUUAUCAGGCUGCAGAUGUCCAACAUUUUCUACGAGUCAGCAGGGCAGAACUGGUUCACCUUAGACAGCGUCCACAUCCACUACAAUUGGACCCAUGAAGCUACGUUCAACGCCAGUGAGGUGUACGCCCCCGCCACCUCCUCCUACCACUGCCAGCAUGUCAGCAGUCAGCACAAAUAUGACACCCUUCUGGUGCCCAGCUCACACACCGACACCUCAGCUAACUGGCACAUCACGUUUACUGACUUCCAGAUCCAGGCGUUCAACGUCAUGUCUGAUAAGUUUGCGUCUGCCAGCGACUGUGCCAACUUCCUGACCCCAGCCAUCCUGAUGGGCCUGGUGACCUCUCUGAUCCUGCUGCUGGUCCUGGCCUACGCUCUGCACAUGGUGGUCCACCUCAAACACAUCGACCGCUACGAGGAACAGAAAGCUAUGGUGUACUUCCCACGCAGGCUGAGCAAAGCUCUAGAAUGCAGAGCCUCACAGCAGUGCGAGUUACCUGACAAGAACUGCCUGUGAGAGAUGGAGGAAGAAAGAGGGAGAAGUUAAAGAGGGGGGAUGCUGCCAAAUGCAAGAGGGAGAAGAUGAAGAGGGGGGAUGCUGCCAAAUGCAAGAGGGAGAAGAUGAAGAGGGGGGAUGCUGCCAAAUGCAAGAGUAAGAAGUUAGAGGGGGAUGCUGCCAAAUGCAAGAGUGAGAAGAUGAAGAGGGGGGAUGCUGCCAUGUUUGUUUACUAGUGACAACUAUUCUGACCUGUUGGCUUUUGUAAUUUCUCCAUAUGUAAGAUCAACACAUUUGACAUGUUAUCACUUCUAAGCUAUCACAUUUUUGGGGGGCAUUAAAACAGUUUUUUACCCAUACUUAUUUUUUUUUAUUGACCUGAACACACAUUAAUAUCCUACGUAAAGAUUAUUGGAUGUUAAACCCUCUUGACGGUGGGGUUAGAGGUCAGGAAGAGACCAGGAGCCCAGGAUGGUCACAGUGUCCCCAGGCUUUCACUUGAGCACCUGAAUCAACAGUUAACGACUGCAGCUAACCCUGCCAAGCCUGCUAAGCGGCCUUCACUAUUUGGCAUAACUAGACUUUGGUGUGUUGAUUCCCCACUCUCCAUCGCUAGCCUUGACACAUUGCCAAAUUCACUAGCUCAUCUUCAAUACCAGCACAAGGAAUCUUUUUAAGUUGAAUUAGAUGGUUUAGCACAUUAUUUCUAAAGUGGUGUGUGUGAGGAUCCACUGGUAGAUCAAUGACAAAUCUUCCUGGGUUAAGAUAGUGCUUGAGCUGGAAACUUGUUGGAAUAACUGGAGGGUAUCUCAUGAAUUCUAAAGGACUUUGGUGGGUCAUGGAACAAAACCAUUUGGGAACCACUGGUCUGGCACCUGGCUGGAGUGAACUGAAUUGGUCACUGUGGACCACUGAACCUCUGGGGCGUAGACUUUUGGGACUUACUGUAAAACGGCCUUGAACGGACCAGCAGCCAGUUAGCCUUGCAGGCACUAAUGGCUAACUUUCAACACUAAAGACAAAACACUGCACAAGACUGCCCUUCUGAAGUGAAGCUAAAAGAUUUGCCAUUACACAUGGUGAAGGACAGACUGUGAUAAUGUGAAGAUGAGAAGUACAGUUACAAUGUAAACACUCAAAUGUACAGAUGUAUCUCUCAGCUGUCUUUUUUUUACAGUUUAAUCAAUAAAUCCUAUUAUGUACAGGAAGGCUAUUCUACUCCUCAUAAUCACAAAGAUAUACAGUUCUGGUCUGUAUAUGAUCGUAACUGUUUACUAUUUUCAGGUAGAGCACACUUGCUUACAUGGAACCCAAACCGGCUGCGCUCGUGUGUCAUCACG